AUGGCUGGCAUCAACCCAUACGCUGCUCGUUCCGAAGAGUCCACCAAAGCCCUGCGCAAGGAUGGCUUCCAGCACCCGCCCCAGCUCACCAACGAGCCUAUCCGGAUCCACCCCCACUCCCUCACACUUUCUCGUUCCACGCCGUUGGUGAGCGACAAGCUCUACUCUGGCUUUGUCGAGCAUCUCGGUCGAGGUAUCUACGGCGGUAUCGUCGACGAUCCCAAGAAGCCCAGUCCUUCUUCGAUCCUAGAAGUUCAGGACAAAGGCGACGAGCGCACCAAGGGCCGUCUCGCAUGGAGAAAGGAUGUCGUCAAGAUUCUUGCCAAGGACGGCCAACUCGAGAUGCCCAUCCUUCGUUGGCCAGGCGGCAACUUUGUCAGCAACUACCAUUGGCAGGACGCGAUCGGUCCCAUCUCGCAGCGUCCCAAACGUGUCGAGCUGGCUUGGCUUUCCACCGAGACCAAUCACUUUGGUACCGACGAAUUCAUCGACUACUGCCGCGAGCUCAAAGUUGAGCCCUACUUCUGCAUCAACAUGGGCACCGGAACUUACGAGGAGGCACUUUCCUGGCUCGAGUACUGCAACGGUACCGGUGACACUUACUGGGCCAACCUUCGUCGCAAGAACACAGGUCGUGACGAGCCGCACAACGUCAAGUACUGGGGGCUCGGAAACGAGAUGCACGGCCCAUGGCAGGUCGGCUUUCUCAACGCUACCGAUUACACCAAGAUGGCCAAGAGAUGGGCACACGGCAUGAAGCUCGUCGACCCUACCAUCAAGCUCGUUUCGUGCGGAAACCAAGGUAACUCGGAAUGGGAUCGUGAGGUUCUCAACGGUUUGAUUGGCGUUGUAGACUUCCACUCAAUACACCUCUACUCGAUGCUGGGCCACGAGCACUAUAGCACUGUCCAAGGUUUCGAUUAUGAGAAGAACGUCUUCGGUCCUGCUGCAGCGGAGCGAGGUAUCGAGAUCUGUGCUUCGCUCAUCGACCUUGCCAAGAUCGAUAAGGCGCAGUCGUUGCUCGACUGGAACAACCGUGACCAGAAGGUGGCAGCUCGUGACGUCAAGAUAUGCUACGACGAGUGGAAUGUCUGGGACGAGGUCAAAGCUCCUGGCUCGCAGGGUCUCGAGCAGGCUUACGACUACACCGAUAUGCUUGGUGUCGUUGCAUGGCUCAACAUCCUCGUCCGCAAAUCUAAGGAUGUCGGUAUCGCAUGUAUUGCACAGAGCGUCAACGUCAUCUCUCCUCUGAUGACAAGCCCCGAAGGUCUCCUUUUCCAAACCACUUACUGGCCUCUGCGCCUCUUUGCUCGUUACAUGAAGAAUGGACGGCUCCUCAACCUCGGCUUCACUCCUGACUCUUAUGAGGGACCUACCUAUCCUGAAUGGAUUCAGCACAUCACUAAGCCUGCCUACGUUGACUGCGUCGCCAUGAUUGUGGAAGAAGAGGGUUCCAAGCAUGCCAGCAUCCGUCUCAGCGUUCUCAACCGACACCCCACCGCUGACUGGAAUGGAAAGAUUGACUUUGAAGGUUUCGAGAUCGAGAGCGUCGAGUCGCACAUUGUCUACAGUGAUGAUCUUUUGGCCAAGAACACGUUUGAGAAGCCUGAAGUGGUUGUUCCCAAGAUCACCAAGUACAGCGGCAAGGAAUGGGCUGAGAAAGGCUCUCAGCCAAUCAGGAAGCACUCGUUUGCUUUCUUCAUCUUCGAGGGAACCGUUCUUUAG